AUGGGGACUUUCAAUCUCUGGACAGAUUACUUAGGUCUGGCCAGACUGGUUGGGGCUCUGCAUGAGGAAGAGGGGCCUGAUGUCAGGCUGGAUCCCAAACCAGAGCCCAAGCCAAGCUCAGCAAGCCAGCAACCCAGCAAGAAAUCCUCAGCAGCCCCCGAACGCUUAUGUUCAUUCUGCAAGCACAAUGGCGAGUCCCGGGCCAUCUAUCAGUCCCACGUCCUGAAGGAUGAGGCAGGGAGGGUGCUGUGUCCCAUCCUGCGGGAUUAUGUGUGUCCCCAGUGUGGAGCCACUCAGGAGCACGCACACACUCGACGCUUCUGCCCACUCACCGGCCAGGGCUACACUUCUGUGUAUUGCUACACCACCCGGAAUUCUGCAGGCAAAAAGCUGACCAGGACUGACAAGGGAAAGACACAGGAUGCCGGCCACCGCCCUGGAGGAGAAGCAGCAGCAGGUGGCUAUACAGGAGGCUGUGCAGGUUCCAAAAGUGGCAGGAAGCCCCCUGGACCUUCACCCUCGGCCUCCUGCUGUCCCUCCACUACGGCCUAGGAGCUUGGAGUGGGGAGGACCGUGGUGGCCCCGUUGCCCAGGGUCUGGACACAGGCAUGCUGGAGACUGGACCUUGCUUAGGAUGAGGCUGACCACAGUCUCACCUUACCCACCCGGGCCCUGCUUGUGGCGUUGC